CACGAAUAAUUUUUCUUCAAUGAAAAUCGCUUAACAUGGGAAGCUUCCAGGCAUCAUAAAUGGUCAACAACGAAUAGAAAGAAUAAAUAGAUCAUCAACUCAAUUAGGCAUGCCUUUUUGAAUCUCAAGCACCGACCCUUAACUGUGUUUGAUUGAUGAUGUUCUUCAGGGCUCUCCGCCGCUGCGCCUCUUUCUUGGAUUUUUUGAAACCAAGAAGUAUAUUUUCUUGUUAACCCUACCUAUUCUAGCUGCUGACAUAUUCAAGAUCAAGUUUUUUCUUAUUUUUUCUUGUGUACUACAACCAUACCAGUACAUGAAGAUUAAAGAUCAUAGUUUUUGCUCUUAGAUCUGUCAGAUUGAGGUUAGAAUUGGUGAGCACAGAGAUUAUGAAUUUCAUGUCUGGUAGGCCAGGAUUUUAUGAAGACGAAGAAGAAGAAGAAGGGAGCUCAGAAGGUGUGAAUCCUUCAUCACACUACUCUUUCUUCCCCUCUUCUUCUGAGCAAAAAGGUGUUGUUCCUUACACCUACCACCGGCAAGAAGGUGAGCUCAUGGUGGACUCUUCGCCCAACAAUAAUGGAGAUGGGGAGGAGACUAAUGACUCCGGUGAUCACGUUAUUCGUCCGCGAGGAGGAGAAGGAGAAGGAAGUAGGAUGGCUGCUAACUCCAUCUUUAUCGAGAGGGAGCACAUGUUUGACAAGGUAGUGACACCAAGUGAUGUGGGCAAGCUCAAUCGAUUAGUCAUUCCUAAACAAUACGCAGAAAGGUAUUUCCCCUUGGAUUCAUCCACGAAUGAGAAAGGACUUCUGUUGAAUUUCGAGGAUAGAAAUGGGAAGCCAUGGAGAUUCAGAUACUCCUACUGGAACAGCAGCCAAAGCUAUGUAAUGACCAAAGGAUGGAGCCGCUUUGUUAAAGAGAAGAAGCUUGAUGCAGGUGACACGGUCUCUUUUCAGCGUGGGGUCGGCGAGUUGGGAAAGGAUCGAUUAUUCAUUGAUUGGAGGCGCCGUCCAGAUGUGCUUGCGCUUUCUCCUCCUAUUCCUCCUCUCUCAGUUCCACAUCAAUUCUCUUUCCAGAGGACUCUUCACCCGUGGAAUCCUCCAUAUUUUCAGUCACAAGGGCCACCAUUGACCAGGGAUUAUUCACACUUGAUGCAACCCAAUAAUACUUAUGGAUAUGGUAACGGACCUUAUGUUUGCAGUAGUAAUGUUAUAACCGGAAACCCUUGUUCGGCAGGCUCAAUAGUCUAUGUUAGAUCAGCUGCCGGAGCUGGAGCCGAAGCUGGAACUGGAGCAUUAGCUCCACGUCAGCUCAGAACGGCACAGAUGCAAAGGGUAGGUGGGGUUGGGGUUGAGCAAAUGGUAUUUGACUCGGUGCCGGUGGUCCAAGGCAAGGCUGCAGCAAAGCGACUCAGGCUGUUUGGUGUGAACAUGGAGUGUCCCAUUUCAGAGUCAGAUGAAUGUGAUAUAUUGUCUUCCACAACUGUAACUCAUUCAACAAUGGAACUUCAGCCUCCCCCUUUUGAUUCUUCUUCAUUUCCUAAUUCAUUUUCUUUCCAGUCAAGGCCCCAAACUAUGCCCUCGGACCUGCUCAACAAAGGCAAGGGUUCCAUGUCUUUGGAUUUAGACAUCUGAACUAAAGAAUUCUUCUCUAAUUCAAAAGAGGUAAGGUCCUGCAGAAGAGGCAUAAAUCUUGAUCAAUAUUGCUCAACUUCAUCGUCAGUAGCAUUCGAAGAUAAUGCCACAGAAUCAGAAAACCUUCAUCAGAGAUUCAGAUGAAAAAUAAUUUCCAAAUUACUAGUGAUUGAGUUUCAGUCUGUGUAUAAAGUCAUAAUUAAUACUACAUAGAUAGAUCAUAGAUACAUUUAUGUAGAUCCUUCACGCCCAUUAUUUUAUGCUUUCCUUAUGUAGGGCCUGGAUCCUCAAGAUGUAUCCAUGCCAUAUUUACUAUUGAGAGUUACUUUUUCUAAAUUCUUGUAUUCAACUUUGGAUCAUCAUCUGAUAUUUAACUCUCUUCUCCAAUUUUCCCUCUAUA